AUGAAUUCCAAAACAUAAAAAAUUAAAAAAACCCUCUCUAUAUUUCACUUCAACGACGUAUACGAUAUUGAAGGUUAUACUGAAGAACCUGUAGGCGGUGCUUCCCGUUUUGUAACUUAAACAAAAAAGUUUCAUGAAAAGCAUCCUGAAGACGGUUUAAUAUUAUUCAGUGGUGAUUUAUUUAGUCCAUCUCCUUUAUCUCUAUUAUACAAAGGAGAAUAAAUGAUUGAGCCAAUAAAUGCAUGCAGAAUCGAUGUCGCCUGUGUAGGAAAUCAUGAAUUCGAUUUUUCAAUAGAAGUAGCUGAAAAAUUAUUUUAAAAGUGUAAUUUUCCUUGGUUAUGUAGUAAUGUUUUUAAUAUUGAAACUAAUUGCAUUUUCGCAAAUAAUAACGCUUAUUCUAUUCUCGAAAAAAAUGGACUCGUAAUCGGAAUCAUGGGGCUUGCAGAAGCCGAUUGGCUUAAUUCAGUAAGCGAAAUAGAUUUAAGUCUGGUAAAAUAUGAAGAUUUUGUCGCUUGUGGUCGUAGAUUGACUAAAAUCAUGAAGGAAUAAUACAAAUGUGACCUUAUUAUAGCUUUAACACACAUGAGGGUGCCUAAUGAUAUUAAAUUAGGAUAAGAGGUACCUGAAAUAGAUCUUAUUUUGGGAGGUCAUGACCAUAUAAUAACAUAAUAAGUAAUAAAUAGCAAUAUAUUGAUUAAAAGUGGGAGUGAUUUCAGAUAAUAUAGCAUAAUAGACAUCGAAUUUAUGGAAGAUUUAGAUACCGAAGAAGAAGAAAAUAAAGGAAAAUAAUAAUUCAUAUAUAUAAAAAAGAAUAAUUUGAAAUUGAAAGUUAUAACUCAAUUUUUCGAAGUCACCAAAAACAUUAAAAAGGAUGAACAAGUAUAAAAAAUUGUAGAUAUUUACGUCUUAAAAUCAAAAGAAUUAAUGGAAAAAGUAAUUGGACAUUCCCAUGUUGACCUAGAAACAAGAUUUGACAAAAUAAGGACUUAGGAGACUAAUUUUUGCAAUUUUUAUGCCGAUGUAAUUCGAAGCGAAGUAUAAGCAGAUAUUUGUAUACUUAAUGCAGGCGCAAUUAGGUCCGAUUGUAUAUUUUAAGCAGGCCCAAUUUCAUAUUCGAUGUUAAAUAAAGCUUUACCCUUUUCAGAUAUUAUUACUGUGUAGGAAGUCUCAGGUUUGAAGGUACUUUAGGCUUUGGAAAAUGGAGUUUCUAAAUGGCCUGCUUUUGAAGGGAGAUUUCCUUGCGUUUCGGGAAUCAAAUUUAAGUUUGAUCCCAAAAAAUAGCCUUUUUAAAGAAUCAAUUCUAAUGAUAUUUGGGUUGGAAAUUAACUAUUGGAUUUAAAUAAAUAAUAUAAAGUGGCUUUAAAAUGGUUUAUUUCUUAAGGAAAAGAUGGGUAUGAUAUGUUUUAGGAUUAAAUUCAAUAACCCUUAUAAAGAAGAUAAAGCUAAGUUUUCUAAUGUUAAUGUGAAAAUAAUAGCUAAAAUGUUAAAACCUUCGAUCGAAGAAAAUCUAGAAUAGAAAGAUAACAAAGUAGCUAACUUAUUUAAGAAUUUAAAUAAAUUGGGGAUGAUUAGUUCAUUUCUAUUGCUCCUAAAGUCGAAGGAAGGAUUGAAAUUAUUUAAUGA